UGCGCAACAGCGGCAGCUUCUUUGGCUUAGCAGGCAGCAGCAUCCCUUUCGACGCACAGCUUGAUUUCACAGUUUGUGUAGCUAAAACUUCUGAAACUUGGUCUAAAAUAAUAUACAUUACACGUGAAUAAUGGCUACUGACUCCUGGGCUCUGGCUGUCGAUAAACAGGAAGCUACGACUGACUCUUUCGGCUCCUUGGUGAUCAGAUCCCCACCUCGAGGUAUAGGUGAUGCUGCAACUAGAAAGGCAAAAGGUACCACAAAACAAGUGGAGAAUGGCACAAAUGUGGAAGUGGAAGAAAAAGAGGACAAAGCGGCCCAGUCGUUGUUAAAUAAGAUGAUCCACACCAGCCUUGUGAACACUACCAAUCAAGUAGAGGUUCUUCAAAGGGAUCCCAACUCUCCUCUUUACUCUGUCAAGACAUUUGAAGAGCUGAGACUGAAAGAUGAGCUGCUAAGAGGAGUGUAUGACAUGGGUUUUAACAGACCCUCUAAGAUCCAGGAGAAUGCCCUGCCCAUGAUGCUGGCAGAGCCCAUGUAUUAUCCCUCUGGUUCCAGACCUCAGAACCUGAUUGCCCAAUCACAGUCCGGCACAGGUAAAACAGCUGCCUUUGCGCUGGCCAUGCUCAGCCAUGUUGACCCAGCUAACAAAUGGACUCAGUGUCUUUGCAUUGCCCCAACGUACGAGCUAGCUUUGCAGACUGGUAAAGUCAUUGAACAGAUGGGGAAAUUCUAUCCUGAGGUCAAAUUGGCAUAUGCCAUUCGUGGCAAUAAAUUGGAUCGAGGGAUGAAGCUUCAGGAGCAGAUUGUCAUCGGGACACCUGGCACGGUCCUAGACUGGUGCUCCAAACUGAAGAUCAUCGACCCCAAGAAGAUCAGCAUCUUCGUCCUGGACGAGGCUGACGUCAUGAUCGCCACACAAGGUCACCAGGACCAGAGCAUCCGGAUCCAAAGAAUGUUGCCAAAUGAAUGUCAGAUGCUGCUGUUCUCGGCCACGUUUGAGGACUCAGUCUGGAAGUUUGCAGAGAGGGUCGUGCCAGACCCCAACAUCAUCAAGCUGAAACGUGAAGAGGAGACUCUGGACACCAUCAAGCAGUAUUACGUGCUCUGCAAUGAUAAGGAGGAGAAGUUCACAGCCCUCUGUAAUAUCUACGGCGCCAUUACCAUCGCCCAGGCCAUGAUCUUCUGUCACACCCGAAGGACAGCUGGCUGGCUGUCUGCUGAGCUGACCAAAGAAGGCCAUGUGGUGGCACUGCUGAGUGGGGAGAUGACUGUUGAGCAGAGAGCGGCCAUCAUUGAACGCUUCAGGGAGGGCAAGGAGAAAGUCCUGGUGACCACCAACUUAUGCUCCAGAGGUAUUGAUGUUGAGCAAGUUUCCGUGGUGAUCAACUUUGACCUGCCCAUGGACAAAGACGGAAACGCUGACAACGAGACAUACCUUCACCGGAUUGGCCGCACAGGACGUUUCGGCAAGAGGGGGCUUGCCGUCAAUAUGAUUGACAGCAAACACAGCAUGAACAUUCUCAACCAAAUCGAGGAGCAUUUCAAUAAAAAGAUAAACAAACUUGACACUGACGAUCUGGAUGAAAUCGAGAAAAUCGGCAACUGAAGAGGCUGUUAUCUUUUAUAAAUCAUAAUUUAAUGCAUCUAAUAUUUAUGCAGGUGGGACUGUUACCUCACAUUAAUAAUAUAACUACACAGAUCAUACACGUAGCUAGCUAGCGAACAGUACGCUUUAACUUCAAAUGAAAACGACUUUCUGAC